UGGCUCACUCAUUCUCUGACCAGUUAUCUCCACAUUCACAGCUGCCUUUCUCCCCAUUUCUUCUCUGUGACGGGCUAGCAGAUCGGAUGGCCUUUAUUGACAUGAGAGUAGGCGUUUGGCUCCAUAGAACAUUCUAGAAGAUCUUGCCCUUUUUUGUGUAUUCCAUUGGUGGAGGUCACUGAAUGAAGGCCAUGUGGCGUUUCGGUUCUCGACUAUGAACAUGUCCUUAACAAGCCUGUGGAUCAGUUCCAGGACUGGGUUUCCUGUUUGACAAAAAUCUUCUUCUAGGUCCUUCCGUUAGCCAUCCUGGUGGCAGACCUGGUGGACUUUCUGACCACGUCACACUUUUCUCAAGAAGGGAGUGAAAAUCUUGAUGGAAAAAGGUUGGGCUGCAAACACGGUGCCAUUGGCCACAUGUGAAAUAUUGAUGGCACUCCUACCAGGCGUAUUAUAGGCUAGCCUUCAGGAUUUGCCAAGACAUGAAUUUUUUACACUCAGACAUUUUAGGAUCACAUUUUGUGAUAAACACACACUACACCAACAAAAUCCAACUUUGUUGGUAGUACUAUUAUCUGGCAGAACACGUUACACAACAACUGGACAGUUGAGGCCUGCUAGUGAUCAGCUUGGCUGGGGAGGAGAUCAAGACAGUGUCUGAUGUGGUCGAAGGGAUGGAGGUAUCAGUACCACCAAAAGUUCCUGAUCUAGGAUCAGCAGAAACAACAAUGGCUAGUCAAAAGCGGAAAGCACCCAGUCCCCCUCACUCCUCUAAUGGCCAUUCACCAUCUGACACAUCUCCCAGUGGUGUUAAAAAGAAAAAGAAACCUGGCUUAGUCACGGGCAACAAUAAAGAUCAGUGUGAGCUAAGACAUGGUCCCUUUUACUAUGUCAAGCAGCCUGCACUCACCGCAGACCCUGUUGAUGUUGUGCCACAGGAUGGGAGGAAUGAUUUCUACUGCUGGAUGUGCCACCGUGAGGGCCAGGUGCUCUGCUGUGAGCUCUGCCCACGUGUGUACCAUGCCAAGUGCCUCAAACUGGCUGCCGAGCCUGAAGGCGACUGGUUCUGUCCAGAGUGUGAGAAAAUAACAGUAGCAGAAUGCAUUGAGACUCAAAGCAAAGCCAUGACCAUGCUGAAUUUGGAACAGCUAUCCUACCUGUUGAAGUUUGCCCUGCAGAAAAUGAAGCAGCCAGGGACAGAGCCAUUUCAGAAACCAGUGUCUCUGGAGCAGCAUCCUGACUAUGCAGAGUAUAUCUUCAACCCCAUGGACCUAUGCACCUUAGAGAAGAAUAUCAAAAAGAAGAUGUAUGGCUGCACCGAGGCAUUUUUGGCAGACGCUAAAUGGAUUUUACACAACUGUAUUAUUUAUAAUGGAGGGAAUCAUAAACUUACUGCAACAGCAAAGGUUAUUGUCAAGAUCUGUGAACAUGAGAUGAAUGAAAUUGAAGUUUGUCCAGAAUGCUACCUGUCUGCUUGUCAAAAGAGAGACAACUGGUUUUGUGAACCAUGUUCUCAACCCCAUCCACUGGUGUGGGCUAAGCUGAAAGGUUUUCCGUUCUGGCCUGCUAAAGCACUGAGAGACAAAGAUGGCCAGGUAGAUGCUCGCUUCUUUGGCCAACAUGACAGAGCCUGGGUGCCCAUUAACAACUGCUACCUCAUGUCAAAAGAGAUUCCCUUCUCUGUGAAGAAGACGAAGAGCAUCUUCAACAGUGCAAUGCAAGAGAUGGAAGUUUAUGUGGAAAAUGUACGCAAGAAACAUGGCGUGUUUAAUUAUGCCCCAUUCAGAACAGCAUAUACACCCAACAACCUGUUCCAGAUGUUGCUGGACCCAAGUAACCCCAGGAAAGGUACAGUUAUGCAAGAGAAACAGGACAAGAUCAAGUUAAACUUUGACAUGACUGCAUCUCCCAGGGCACCCCUGGGCAAGAGUGUGGGACAGAGGAUGAGUGACAUUCCCAGGUCUCCAAUGAGCACCAAUUCCUCAGUCCAUACAGGGUCAGACCUUGAGCAGGAUGCAUCAGAAAAAGGAACAAGAAUCCCAUCUAGCCACUGCAGUACAGGGGAAGACUCUAUGGACUGCACAGCAUCACCAGCAUGUCUGAAGACCACAGGUAGUCCAAAACCCAUCCCACCAACACCUGUUAAACAGGAGAGAAUGCAGCAUACAGCCAGCAUCCUCAACCUAAAUCUUGACCGCAUUAAGGCAGAAAUGGACCUAAAGGAGCUGAGUGAGACUGUACUUCAACAGCAGCAGCAAAGCCCAUCUGUACUCCUUACCUCCCCAAAGAAACCCACCAGAAGUCUAGAUAAGACCAUAGAGAGCUGCAAGGCCCAACUAGGCAUCAAUGAAAUCUCUGAGGAUGUGUACCAAGGCGUGGAUCACAGUGACUCUGAUGAUUCUGACAAGUCUGACUCCAGUGACAGCGAGUAUGCGAGUGAAGAGGAGCAGGAGCUGAAAAACGCAAUGAAGAAUGAAGACCAUGAGGAUGCUGUCUUUAAAAACAAAAAAAGACCCAGACCUACAUCUUCACAACCACAAAGCAAUAAGAACCAGUCUCAAAAUGUGACCGAGAAGGUGGCCUCGGAACCGCCGCUAAAAAAGAGAGCCAGCGGCGUUUCAGAGAAGGAAGCCCAGGAAAAGCCUAGGGCAAACCAGCAGACGCAGUCACAGAGAGAGAGGCCUUCAGCUGGGCAUGAAGGAAAGGCUGGAGUUGUGGAUGCAGAUUCAGACUCGGAAAGAGAACUUGUGAUAGACCUUGGUGAGGAGCAGGGAGGCAAAGAGAGGAAGAAACCAAAGAGAGAGGCUUCAACAAUCUCCAACUCUAUAACCAAAGCCAAUGCAGCCGUCAAAACUGAAGGAAAGGCUCUGGCCACUGCCAGCCCGUCAGCCUCUCCAUCCACAGUACCCCCUGCUUCAUCCUCCAACCCCAGCACAAGAGAUUCAACCCAGCCAGUCUUAAAGCCACCAAACACCACCUCUGCCCCACCCGUCACCUCCACCAGCACCACCUCUGUACCAGGAACCACUUCAGCAACAAAUUCCUCCAUGUCCACUGUGGUAAAGAAACAGCGCCCUCUGCUGCCCAAGGAGACAGCACAGUCUGGUCAGACAUCAGUGGUUUGGAACCAGACUGGGAAUAAGAUCCAGACGUCCUCUCCAAAGUGGCACGUGCAGAAGGUUCAGAAGCAGCAACAUGGCUCACAGUCUCAAAGCCCAGUGGCUUCCAGCAAUGCCAGCACCCGCUACCAGACUAGGCAGUCUGUUAAAGCUGUCCAGCAAAAGGAGCCCUUGUCUGGGUCCUCUAGUUCAGUCUUGACUGGGGACUUCCUCACCCCACCUGCCUCUGCUGAUGUAGCAGCUGACAUUGCCAAGUACACCUCUAAAGUAAGUAAACACAAUAUAAUGGAUGCUAUUAAAGGAACAAUGACUGAGAUAUACAACGACCUUUCCAAAAGCACAACAGGAAACACUGUUGCUGAGAUACGGAGGUUAAGGAUCGAGAUUGAGAAGCUCCAGUGGUUGCAUCAGCAAGAGCUUUCAGAGAUGAAACAUAAUCUGGAACUGACUAUGGCAGAGAUGAGGCAGAGUUUGGAGCAAGAGAGGGAGAGGCUCGUUUCAGAGGUAAAGAAGCAGAUGGAGGUGGAGAAACAGCAGGCUGUGGACGAAACGAAGAAGAAGCAGUGGUGUGCCAACUGUAAGAAGGAGGCCAUUUUCUACUGCUGUUGGAAUACCAGCUACUGUGAUUAUCCCUGCCAACAAGCGCACUGGCCCGAACACAUGAAAUCCUGCACGCAGUCAGCCACAGCAUCUCAGCAAGAGCCAGAGGAGGAGGCCUCUGCAGUUCCAGUACCAAAAACCUCAGGACAAUCACCCAAAGCCCAGCAUUCAUCUCCUGCCAGCAAAAGUUCACCAACACACAAAACUCCUUCACCCAAAGCAGACAACACUAAAGCAAGCGCCACAGUUUCAGUGUCCUAACCAGAACUUCUCUAUCAUUUCUCCAUGGUCACCAACCUGGAUGCUUUUGGACUGGGGUCUGCAAGUUGUGCUUUCUUCUUCUGCUUUUUCUACUUCUUCUUCUUCUUCUUCUUCUUCUUCUCAAAGCUCAAAGCAAAGACAUAUUAAACUUGUGCUCCUCACCUGCCCAGUUCACUACACCCUGAGGAUGUAAG